AGUCGCAUCGGGUCGAGUUCGCGCGCGCGUGCGUGCGUUUUUUGGGGGAAAAAAAAAAACGAAAAAGGAGGAAAAAAAUUCCGAAAGACUCUACAGCCGCACCUUAUCCGCUCGAUAAGACGAACGCGACGGGGAAGACAGGCAGGAGGAUGGACUAGAGAUGAGUUUUGUGGUGGAAGGCAGAGUACGACUGGUACGAGUUCGCGCGCCAAAGUUCCACUCUGCAAAGUGAGAGGACGUUGUGGAUUGUCCUGUUAUCGGAAUCCUCGUUCUCCAAGGGACAACAUCCGCCGGAAGGAGAAACGGAAGAGGGGAAAAGCAGAAAGGAAUCAAUGAAAGUCGAUCGAUCCGAUUAAUCUGCGUUGCGUCUCUCCUCCCCGUCUCCUCCCCUCCCCCGCCCCCUCUCUCCCUUCAACCAUCUACUUACUCCGUCCGUCCGUCGAGCAAAACUCCAAGAACGCUACGAUGUGCUGUGUGUGUGAUGUACGGUGCAGUGUGUUGGUGCUAACUUAGUGAUAACGAUAUCCCCUCCUCCGUCGCGUCUACAACCGCGGAAUCGGCAACAAACUAGUCCUGUUAUCUCGACCGGGGAUUGCCGCCGGGAGAUAAGGACGGAGGUUAAGGAAGGAAGUUUCUUUCGCUCAGCAAAUCAGACCAAGAUUACCUAUGACCGCACUGGGCGUCGCGAGGACGACGGAAAAGGAAGAGAGGCGCUUUUGGCAGUAUUCCUAAUCUCCCUCUCCGACCUGCCGCCCGUUCUCUCACUGUAUUUCCGCUUUCCACCCCUCUCUCUCCUUCCCCCUCUCGCGCCUCCUCUUCCCGCUGUUAUUCCUCCACCUGCUCGUUCUUCGGCGAGCGAUCGCGACGUACCGAGAUCUCGUUGGACACGAUGGACAUGAGCAGCGAGUCGAGCGCCAGGACGUGGUACGAGACGCCUAGGUUGGAGCCGCCUUCGGGGGGUGCCGGGGUGGCCGGAGUGGUCGGCAAUGAUUACAGGGGUUACUACCCUCACACCGGACCGACGGCGCAUCACCCCGCAGCUGCGGCCCACUACGCCCACACGAGGAUGUCGAGCAGCGGCGUGUCGAGCGGUCCAGUGAGCCAAGUCUGCCGGCCGCACUUCCACAGCUCGGUACUCCAUCCGUGGCUCUCCGGCAGCAGCGCGGACACCUCGAAGACACCCUGGGGAUUCCCCGCGACGACGACCACGGGCGGCGCUGUGAACGACGAGAAACCGCAGAGUCCCUUGGGAUCCUCGCUGCCGCCCACCACUGGAAGUUUAUCGAGUCACGGUGGCGGCGGUCACCAUCUCUUCUCCUUUCCGCCGACACCGCCCAAGGACGCUACGCCUGACAGCAUAACCGCCAGCACGACCUCCAGCACGAAUAACAACAAUUCCACGAGCGCGAAUAAUAAUAACAGCGGUAAUCCUCUCUCCGGGUUGGGCGGUGGUACUACCAGCGAGUACCAAGCGGCGGUCGCUCACGCGGCGGUGAUGGGCGCGUUUAUGCACCAUCAAGACGCGCUAGGCGCGUCCGGUGCGAGCUCGUGCGACAUCAAGCCGACGGUGAUGCUUGGGCACCAUCACGGAGCGCCCUCGCCGCCACAUCAGCAACACAACGGCUCCAACAACGGGAGCAAUGGUCCCGCCGGCACGAACGGCUCAUCCGGGCAGGUGAAGCAACGAGAAGAGGGUCGCGAGUGCGUGAAUUGCGGCGCCACAUCGACACCCCUUUGGAGACGGGACGGCACUGGCCACUACCUCUGCAACGCUUGCGGGCUUUAUUACAAGAUGAACGGUCAGAAUCGACCCCUCAUCAAGCCGAAACGACGACUGUCGCUGCAGAGUGCGGCGAGACGGGCGGGCACCAGCUGCGCCAACUGCAAGACGGCGACCACGACUCUCUGGCGGAGGAAUCAGGCCGGUGAGCCAGUCUGCAACGCUUGUGGGCUCUACUACAAGUUACACAACGUGAACCGGCCGCUGACGAUGAAGAAGGAAGGUAUCCAAACGAGAAACAGGAAGCUCUCGUCGAAAAGCAAGAAGAAAAAGGCUGGCGGUUGCCUAGGUCUCGGUGGUGUCAUGGGCGACAUGAUCAAGGCCAGCGGACACCUUGAUCUCGACAACAAGCCCUUCCACUCAGGAUUCGGAUCGCCAAUGGGUACGUCGCAGCAUCAUCACACGAUGCAUCCGGCGAUGCAGCAUUACAUGUAUCACACGGGUGUCGGCGUGGCCGGAGGUCUUCAUCAGGGAUUUGCGCCACCGGCGCCGCCCCCCAUCCACCCGCACUCACAUUCGCAUUCCCAUUCUCAUCACAUGACGAGUCUUCAGGGUCUGCAGCUGGCGGCCACGACGAACGCAAUGACCGGCUGGCGAUCGGAGUACACAUGAAUCGCGAGCGACUAGCAGCUCAGGACGCAGCCCACCACUGUCUCGUUGUAAUGUAAAAAGAAAGGAAAAA